AGCUUGCUGCUGAGAAGGGGCGCGCAGAUGAAACGAAGCGCGAAAGCGAGAGUGCGCUUGCUGCCGCUGCAGUCACUGCGAGAGAAACUGCUGAAGCUGCGCAAAAGCAGGUCGCCGAGGCCAAAGAUGCCGCUGCUGCAGCUGCUGCGCGAGCAGACAAGGCCGCGGAGGAACGUGUUGCCGCUGAAGCUGAUGCCUCUGAUGCCCGGAAAAGGCUUGCUGAUGCGCAAAAGCAUGCCGAGGAUGCUAACACACGAGCACGCACCGCAGAGGCAAAGGCCGACGAACUGCGUAAUGCUGCCGAGACGGCGCUUGUUGCCGUUGAAGGGGAGCGUGAUGCUGAGCUAGAGAAGCUGAGUGCUGAGCACACGCGUUCCGAGGAAGCUCUGCGGCAGCUGCAUGAUGAGAAAGAGCGUGCAGUCGAAGCUCAGCAGAAAACCGAGCAGGCGCAGACCCACGCCCAAGCCGCUGCUGCUGAAGCUGCCGCAGGGCUUGCCGCUGCGCGAGCACAUGCCAAGGAAACCGUGGAAGAGGCUGAGCAGACGAAGCGUGCCGCACCUGAGGCCGAGCGAGGUCGUGUCGCGGCUGAAGCUGCUGAAACUAAUGCCAAAGCCCAGCUUGCUGCUGAGAAGGGGCGCGCAGAUGAAACGAAGCGCGAAAGCGAGGGUGCGCUUGCUGCCGCUGCAGUCGCUGCGAGAGAGGCUACUGAAGCUGCACAAAAGCAGGUCGCCGAGGCCAAAGAUGCCGCUAAAGAAGCUGCAGAAAUCGACGAGCAAGAAAGCAAAGGCCCCGGUACUUUUUGGCUUGUUGUUUUUGAGAUGCUGGCCGGUCUUCAUCGAGGCAGCCCAAGUGCUUUGUGUUUUCUUUGUGGGCGUUUUUCGAGGUCCUUGGGAGCGCUUACGGAGUCCCGCUCCCUUGUUGCUUUUCCCUAGCACUUGAAAGUAGGAGCAAGAAAGUGUCCUGGCGAGCAGGCUCUGCCACGCAGUGCAGCGCGCUUGGGAGGGUUCAGUGGGUCGAUCGGCAUGGAAGCCUUUUCGCGACAGCGCUCUUUGAUGGGUGUUCUUCGUUUUUUUACAGGGCUGGGCCAAGACUGUUUUUGGCCCGCUGGGUUUCGUGGCUGAGCUUUUGCUGUGACUAUGCAGAGUUUUUGGUCCCGGAGUUUUAGGGCUUUGGCCGAUUUAUUUGAUUUUUGUUAUCAGGUUCUUUUGCUUUCGAGUGUUUUUUUGGUUUUCGCGUGGCCGUUUUGGCUCUAUUGGGCUUCACUGUUUUCCAGGGGGCUUGUGGCUUUAGGUGGGGAGGCUCGUUGCCUGGUCUGGGGCGGAGUUUUUCGUCCUUUGGAGGGGGCAUGCCCUUUUCACUGGAUUUUUUGUGGCUUUGUGUGAACUCGGUUCUUUGUCUUUUGGGGUGUUCUCGCUGCUAGGGAAAGGGAAGGGCCGUGUCUCCCUCCCCAUACGAUCGCGCCAUAGGGUGACAGACAGUAGGCCCACGUGCUGACCUCUGGUGGCAUUUCAUACGUUGGGCCAAUUAUCAACCUCAUGAUAGAUUGUGUUGGGCCUUUAGUUCUACUAAGAGCAAGAAAGCAUCCACCAGUACAAUACAUAGCAGAUAGACAAAUCUUCCCAGAAAUGACGUAGAAGCAAGAUGAUGCCGCCAGUUGCUUGUUUGUGAGGAUCCUUGAUUUCUCAUCUUCGUCAACCCAUUUCCAUUCAUGUUGGCUUGCCGUUUCAGUUGCAGUAUUAAUAUGCUCAAUUUUCUGUCUCUAUCUACAUUUCUUGACAUUGUCAUCAUUAUCUUCCACAUCACGUUCACGAUGACCCUCGAUGAAAUAAAAUCUACCAGAUCCCCUCGUCAUUAACAUGAUAACGACUGCCGCCAGCGAAUAUGUCACGCAAGAC